AUGCCUGGGCAGAAGAUUGAAACAGGUCAUACAUAUAUAAUGCAUGAUGUUUGUAUGAAUUACUAUGGAAAACGAGUAGCAUCCACCUCCUCUGAUGCCACAAUCAAGAUAAUCAGUGUCACCACCACCAUCAGCACCGCCACCUCACACCUCCUUACCACAUUGACAUGUCACAAUGGUCCAGUCUGGCAGGUUGCAUGGGCCUACCCUAAAUUCGGGUCCCUUCUUGCAUCACAUUCUGAUGGGAUUCUUCUGCAGCACAUUCUGCUGGGGGAUUCUACAACCAAAGGGAUUGAGAAAUUUGAGACAGAUCUUAAGACCAUGCACCCUAGUUUGACUGGAUGCCGUGUUUUGAAGUCAAAAUUGGAGCUUUCUGUAAUCCAAUAUGCCAAUGGUAUAAGUUCUGAAGCUCACACUGAGGAACCUAAACCUAAGAAACAGUCCGCUCCUACAGCUAAAAUUGGAUCGAAUAAAAAACCUGUUAGUAAACCUGUAAGUAGUUCAGAUGAAUCUGAAUUUGAAUCUAAAUCAUCGGAUGAUAGUGAUUCAUCAAAUGAAGAAGAGGCGCCAAAAAAGCCAGCUGUUGUUGCCAAGAAUGGUGCUGCUGCAGCCACCAAGAAAGCCAAGUGCUUUCCGUUCAAUUUCGGAGAUGGCAUUGUCGAUUUUCGAUGGUUGUUUCCCUCUUCCCUAAUCACGUCGUCGCCGAGAAUCACUCACCGCCAGGCAGUAGAAGAAGAUGAUGAAGUUUGUCGUUGUCGUAUGCCGCCCUCCCUCGCUGUCUCUAACUAUCUUUGCCCUUUCUUUAUUCUUCGCUUCGAUGAUCGUCUCAUCUUCCUUCAUCUUCUCGGUUUUCCAUCAGGUCUUGGAACCAAACGGGCCAGCUUAAUUGGGCUUGGAAAAGCCCCAAUAACUUCAUCUUCUUCCAUUUCUGCUUAUCGAAGUCUUGGUGAAUCUGUUGCUUCAUCUGCUAAAACUUCUCAAGCUAACAAUGUCGUUGUUGCUCUUGCUUCUUCACAAGACUUAACUCUUGAAUUGAAGCUUACAACUGCCUCAACAAUAGUAACUGUGCUUAUACAGCAGCACAAGCUUCUGUUAAUAAGGCUUGAAGAUGCCUUUAGAAAUAGCAAAGAUAGCCAUUUGAAGGAUUUUACCUCCAAAAAUCCUUAUACAACAGCACAAGCUUCUGUUAAUAAGUCUUCUCCUGAGAUGCCUUCAUCUUCUAACAACUCAAAUCACAAUGUUCAACAAGCCAAUGGCUCAACAUACACAGAGCAUGUUUGCUCAGGGGUAAUUUUGGGAAAAGAUCUUUUAAAUGCACCUCGCAAUGUACUUACCCCUGGUUCGUUAUCCUUCUCAUUUUCAAUUGUUGAUAGAGACAUAGAGUUAAAAUAUAGUUUUUCAUUUUUCUUUUUUAAUAAUUGUAACAGGGUAUUAGCGGAAGAAGCUGAAAAGAUUGCUUCAACAAUUGAUUGUGAUAAGUUAUCUGAUAUAGGGUUUGGGACAACAGAUUGUUUGGGACAUGUUGCCCUUGUAACCGAGCUCAUGAAGAAGACAAAGCCAAAACUUAAAUCCAGUGUGGUUGCUGUUUUCAUAGCCAGUGGAGACAUAUUUGGAAUUCUUCUUCCAGUUAGUGUGUCUGGCAGUGGUGGUUGGAAGAGUGUUGGUCUCUCCUUUGGGAACUUCCUGACUUUUUGUUUCUGA